ACCGCCCAACCACGCGCCACACCAGCCAGACGCCCAACCCCCACCAUCCCACCAUCACACAACCCAAGACACCACCCCCCACCACCAACCCCGCCACAACCACCACGCCCCCCCACAACCCAACAACCACAAACCACCCUCAUCCACCACACCACAGUCACAACCAAACGCGCCACCCCACCCCCAACGCACCCCCCCGACAAAACAACCCCACAAACCCCACCCACAAACCAAACACCCACCCACACACCCCACAAUUCCCAACCCCACCUCAAAACCACACCCCCACCCCCACGCCACACUCCCCCCACCCCACCCCCCCCACAACAACCCGUCCCCACAACCAACCCCACCCCCCCACCACCCCCAAACGCCCAGCCAACACCAAAUCCCCUCUCCCACCCAACCCCCACACCCCCCUCCCCUCGCUCCCCUCAACCCCAACCCCCCACACCCCCCACCCCCCCCCCCCCCCCAUCCCAACCCACCCCCCCUCCGCCCCACCCCACCCCCCCACCCCCUGGGUCUUGUACUGUCUUGCUACAUGUGCCGCCACAACGUGUGCAGGCAGCUACGGUUGCAGCAUUUGCGCGCCAUUGCCCCACUGGAAACAUUAAAGCCGGAUAG